AUGACAAACUACCGUUCGACUCAGGACUUGCCAGCCGACCAAAAACCGGAAACGUCAACGGGCCCCGAUGAAUGUGCCGAGAAGGAAAAUUAUCGCAAGACAUCGGUGGCUACCAAUAAUAAUGUGCGCAAGAGAUCGAUUGCUAGCAGAAGUUCAUCGAUUGAGUCGAUUUCUGGGGAUAUGCUCAUUUCGGAGUACAUGUCCUCCGAUGAGUUGGAGAAGCUGAGUAUGACCCUCAGUGAGGCUUCUGCUGGCAACAAUGGUGAUAAAACAACAUUGUUCGAUGAUAUGCUCCAAGCUCAGUUAGCUCUUUGGACUUUCGCAUUUUCGCUGCUCUAUUCCUAUGCAUGGGUGCAGCAUCGCAAAAAGUUUCUCAUAUGUAUUUUUGUUAUUAUUCCGGUGGCUCUCACCCUAACGUGCAUCAUUUCUUGGCUUCUUGGAUUCAUUGUAAUUCUUGGACGUUUCUUCACAACUCCAGUCAACUAUGGUCGUUACUUCGACGCCUCGAAACACGAAGGAUACGCUUUUGAUCGCAAUAUGGCACGUGAGGCGUACCGCCAGCGCAGCUUUUCUGGAGCAUCGGCGAUUACUUACACCACAGAGAACAUGUAUCCGAUGACGAUGUGCAGAAGACACAGCUCAUACACUUCACUUAACAGUCGCCCACCAUCAGUGACCCGCAAGCUCUCUCAAGUGAGCAACAUGGGCGCAUCUAAUUAG